UGGUUCUUGUAAAACUUAACACAUCUGCAGGCGUCUCAGGUAGCAGCUGCUUUCCGACUUGAAUUCACCAAUAUCUGCUCCUUCCAAGAGCAAUAGGAGAGGAGGGGAGUGGUUAGAUGAUGAUUACCCGCCGGUCUCCGCAGUAGGGUUCGUUCGCAUGCCACAGCACACUCACAAAUCGAUUGACUUUGUAUAUUGCCUAAGGCAAGAUAGGGAUGGAAUUUGUCUUCAUAAAUGUCAAGGAGCCAAAAGAUGCCCUUCGGCUCGCGAAGGAGCCGGAGAUUCGAUCCCAUGUGGCUCGGCACCAAUGGAAGCAAGCCGAGAACCGCCCAUCAACUACCAGGUCGCAGAAGAACGCGUAUUUGCCGAUAUGCGUGGACAUGGACGUGUGUUCUCGAAGCGAUCCAAACGCCGACCCGAACGAUCUGGAGGAUCGAUCGUCCACCAUCUCAAUACCCCCUCAGUUGGGUGGACUCCGUGUCGAUCCUUUCUGGUCAUAUCCGAUUGAAAUCAAGCCUUUCAUACCACUUCUCGUGGACCACUAUCUCGCGCAUAUGGCUGUUGAGAUCCCGGAACUCGACCAGCCUGGGAACAAAGGCCUUUUGAGAACGAGUUGGUUUCCACUAGUGAUGACAGAUCGCGCACUGUUCCUAAUCACCAUGUUGCUUGCCGCGUCUAAUUAUGCCUCUGUACACAACAAGUCGGCCAUGAAGUUGCAUCUCCUCAGUUUUCAAUGUGAUGCCAUCCAAGCCAUCAAUACUGCCUUAAAAUAUCAGCAACCUAGCUAUAUAAAUGAUGCCCUGAUAGCCGCCAUUGCGAAAAUGGGAAGCUACGAAGCAAUUUACGGGAAUAUCGACAAUUAUAACGUGCAUAUGAAUGCCCUCACCCGCGCCAUCGCAUUACGAGGCGGACUGUCCAGGCUUGGUUUGGAUGGCCUACUCCGGCGGAUCAUAGUUUGGAUUGAUCGUAAUGCAGCCUUCCUGCAUGGGUCACCGCUGCAUUUCCCUGGAGCUACUCUAGUACCGGGCCAGCCAUUGCCCGACCCGAACCCCGGUCAUUUUCUUGGAGUUUCAUGAGCUAAGUGCAAU